AUGAGUCGCACUUUGGCCGAGCAGGCCCAGAAACUGGCGAGCGACUUGCAGGCUUUCGCUGGGGCUCUCCAAAGCUUGCCAAGCCAUGGCCGCCCUGGCGCUGUCGUGGACGGCAUUCGGUCCCUCCGGACUGCCCUGAGCGGGCUGUGGGACGCCCCCGAGAUCAGGGGUCGCAAGCCGCUGCCGAGGACUGCGGCCCGUGCCCGCAAGCGCGGCUUCCUCGUCGGGCGCCUGCGCCAGAAGGUUCGCAAGGUCGAGGGCGUUUUGAAGAAGGAGAGGGCGUCCCGAGCAGCCAACAGGAUUGACAACCUUUGGUUUGCCAGAGUCGCGGUUGCAAAGCCGACGGUGCCAGCAGCGACUGUCGCCGCGUGGUGCCGGGAUUUCUCGGCGGAGCAGAGCAACCAGAUAGGGACAACGACCAUUUCAGCCUGCAGGGGCGCUUUUGCGGAGGCGGUGAAGUGGUUGAACAAGGAAGAGAUCACGCGCGCAGCAGCUGGUUCGCACGACCCCGUUGCCAUCCUGCACCACGUGCACGACGAGGCAGCGAUGCGGAUGAAAUCCGUGUCGGAGGAGCCAGACGCCCAGUAUCGGUUGGAGUCGGGCGUCGUUCGCUCGAGGUCCAGCAAGAUCCAGGGCCACGCGCUGGACGUGCAAGUGGGGACGAGUGGCCCCUCGAUCGAGGUUUACACGGAGCUCGGGCCGAUGCUGCGAAAGGAUGCGCCGACCGUGGCGACCACCCUCAUCGCCCGAGCUCUGGACGUCAUAGCCCUUCUGCAGCGCGCCCGGUGUCCGUGCAACAUGCUGGUGUUCGUCUGCAGCUCCCACGCAGCCAACCUGGCAGUCCAGGCAGGCAUCUGCGGCAAGAUUAUGCCGAGGCCGGUGCAGACGGACAGGUUGCUGGGCACGGCCUCCCGCAUGUUUAAGUACGUGGUUCCAGACUACCAGGCGGAAUUUCACCGCAACCUGCGCCACCACAUCGCGGAUGAUCUCGAAGUGGUUCCGCGCGCGGCCCCCCCAGCGCCGCACCCGCGUAGCGCAGCUCUUCAGGCCCUCUACGGCAAGCAGGCGCUGCCCGACGACCUCGUCCGUUUUUUCGACUCGGGGCUGCAGGUCUUCAAGCACAGCGGCGUCGGGGCGGACGAGCGCGCCGCCCACGAGCGCGCGUGCAACAUCCUCUCCCGCACGCUGCUGCGGGUGGACGACCGCCCGACGGUCACGUGGCGGCUCCUGAAGCUACCCGCCAAGCUCCUGCACGCGGGGUCGGUCAAGCCGAGCAAGCAAAACGCCAAGCGCCUCAACGCCGUACUGAAAUACCUUACCGACGAUGCCGAGGAUAAGCACCUGCGGAAGGUGUGCCUCUGUCUGCGCCUGAGCCUCCCGGCCGUCUCUCUUACCGCCAGGAAGGCGCCCUCCGAGAAAGACGAGGACCAGGGGCCCGUUCUCGUCCAGCUGGGCAAGGGCGUGGUGCAGCGUCGAACGGCCUGGGAGCUGCGGAGCGUGCUGCAGGCGCUGCACGCGGAUCCCUGCCUGGACAAGACGGACUGCGCCUGCGCAUUGCUCACGACGUGGUUGCACAUCAGAGCCCGUUUUCACCAAUAUUCCCAGUACCCGGCCCGCCUGUGGGCCCUCACGCCUCUCUACAACCGCCAGGGCCGGGCCUGCAACGUUUGCGCGGGCCCCGCGCGCGGCGGCAGGUACUCGGAUGCUAUCGCGCACUUCCUCACGUGCGACGAGAGCGAGCUCGACGUUGGCUACAGCGUGCCGCUGCGGCGGCGCGCGCUGCGCGAGAGGUCUAUCGCCGGCGCCAUGGCGUUCAUGCUCCAACGGGUUCUGGAUGAUUUGCCCGGGGCCGGCGGAGCACUCGCCCGCUCGCCGCCGCGCAGGCGACGACCCGAGGUCCAGGAGGAGCUGAGAGCGAUCCUCGCCGCCGCCUCCACGAACAGUUUGGAGGCCGAGCGCCGCCACAAGCAGCGAACCAAGGGCGAGCAGCGCGAGAUAGUUCACCAGGGUGAUUCCGAGGCCUUGCGAGCCUACCAGGCGGAGCACGAGGGACGGCUCAGGGCCGAGGCGAAAGCAAUGCGCGAGGCUGCGAAAGUGAAGGAUGUGAGCGAACCCAUGCCGUGGGACGUGCCAGAGUGGGCCGCUUGGAUGGGCCGCAACGAGGAGAUGUGGAAGGACUGGCUGCGGACUGCGACGGCGGACUGGAGGUCCUUCAACGCAAAGAUCGUUCCGCUCGGGGACCUCCCCCCAGCUCCUCGAUUGCAGCCGUUGCCAGCGCCAGACAGAUCCGAGGGCGCCUCAUGGCACAGGAAGCUCUUGCUGUCCGAGGCGGGGUUCUACAGCAUCGGGCAUCGGGGCGCAGAGGGGCGCAAGGUUUUCGUGUUUGCCUGCUCCUUGCUGUCCACCUGCUGGGCAAUCGUUUUGAGGCCAGUGUCCAGGCGCAGGGUACGCCUCGACCUCGACGGGUUGGAGCGGCUGUCCGCUCCAGUGCAGGACGCUCUGCAGGCCAACGGCGUCAAGGAGAGCCACGACUUGCGCCUUGUGCGCCUGGAGGUCCACGUGGACGAGGUGACGCCCAGCGGGGUCGUGUUCGGAGUUAACCACGGCUACGAGGUCGCCGACGACGUCCUGGAUCGCGCGCCUAAGGCGCGCGCAGAGCCAGCGGGGCCGGAGGACGACGAAGACCAUGUCUCGAUUCCAGAUUCGGACCUCCAGUCCGUCGCCGACAGCCUGGAGCAGGAGGCCAUGGACGACGUAGAGGAGGCGACAGACGAGGAGGAAGCUGGGGAGGAGCCCCCGCCGUCGUCUGACUCCGAGGAAGGCCCGCCUGCGCGCGCGAUGGGCAGAGCCGCGCCGGGCACAUACGUAGUGGACAAGAGCCUCUACUUCUCGAUCAGCAACAACCCAGCGUGGCCAGACGUGAAAGUGAAGGUCAAUCCGCGCUGGCGGGGGGCGGCGGGCAUGGGGACCAAAAGCUUGAGCAAGACCGUCACGUGCCACCACUUCGGGGAGGACAAGGCAACGGGCGACAUACCAGUGUCCUUGUUGGUGCUCCGCGCGUGGACCAUCCACCGAAUGGAGAGGGCGGGCUUCCACUUGGCUGAGGCGCAUCGGCAGCAGUGGGUCGCCCGCCAGAAGCACGAACUACGGGCCGGGCUUGCCGCUCUGGAGCACCCGUCGGGCGGUGCCGGCUCCCCGCGGGCCGACAAGCACAUUCGGAAAUGGGCUGGCUUGCUCAUCUGA